AUGCCACUUAGUUUUGAUUGGCCAUUCCCUCAAAAGCCAUCGAGAACAUACAAAGUACUUUCAACAGUGACUAUUGGACUUGUCGGAACAUUGAGUAGACUAUGGAUGAAUCAUCUUACUUCGGUACGAAUUGAAAAUGGCGAUAUUCUUCUCAAUGCUGUUCUUCAUCGAGAUCCCAAUCGACCAUUAAUUACUGCGACCAAUCAUCAUUCUUGUCUAGAUGAACCACUGUUGAUCGGAGCAACAAUGCCAUAUCAUAGUUUUUGGAAUCGUAAAAAGAUGCGAUGGGCAUUGGGCGCCGAUGAUAUUGUAUUUACUGUGAAAAAACAUCAGAUUUUCUUCAGUUUGGGUAAAACAAUUCCAAUCAAACGUGGCGAUGGUGUUUUUCAGCGACCGAUGGAUUUCGCAUUAGAACAACUUAAUCAGGGUGAUUGGGUACACAUUUUUCCAGAAGGUAAAAUUAAUAUGACAAAAGAGUUGAUCAGAUUAAAAUGGGGUGUUGGUCGACUGAUUGCCGAAGCUAAUAUUUGUCCUCUUGUUGUGCCGUUCUAUCAUCUUGGUAUGGAUUCGGUACUACCAAAUGUGGAACCCUACAAACCUCAAACAGGACAAAAAGUGAGCAUAUAUGUCGGCGAACCAUUGAUCCUUGAUGAUAUGGUGAGCAAUAUGAAGAAAGAAAAUCGAUCUCCAGAAGAAAUACGUAAGGCAGUGACCGAUGUUAUUCAAAAUGAGUUUGCCAAAUUAAAAGUAAAGUGUGAAGAGUUACAUCGACGACAUUUAGCCGGUGACCCGUCUUCCUCAUCAUCCGGAACAUAA